AUGUUUACAGGAGAUUAUUCAAAAAAAAGAAUAAGUUAUUUUUAUGAUAGUGAUAUUGGAAAUUAUUAUUAUGGUAAUGGUCAUGUUAUGAAACCUAAUAGAAUUCGCCUAACUCACCAUUUAUUGGAAAGUUAUGGUGUCCUUCGUAAAUUAGAAGUUAUUAGACCAAUCAAAGCAACAUAUGAGGAUAUGGCUGCUUUUCAUUCAACUGCUUAUUUAGAUUUUCUUAAAAAUUCAACACCAGAAAAUGUUAAAAAUAAUUCUAAAGAUAAACAAAAUUAUAAUUGUUUUGAUGAUUGCCCAAUAUUUGAUGGAUUAUUUGAAUAUUGUAAAAGUUCUGUAGGUGGUUCAUUAUGUGCUGCUUAUAAACUUAAUCAUAAUCAAAGUGAUAUUGUUGUUAAUUGGAUGGGUGGACUUCAUCAUGCUAAAAAAAGUGAAGCAUCAGGAUUUUGUUAUACAAAUGAUAUUGUUUUGGCUAUCUUAGAACUUUUAAAAUAUUAUCCAAGAGUUUUAUAUGCUGAUUAUGAUCUUCAUAGUAGUGAUGGUGUAACUGAAGCAUUUUACCAAUCUGAUCGAGUAAUGACGGUUUCAUUUCAUAAGUAUGGAAAUUUUUUUCCGGGUACAGGUGCAUUAUCAGAAGUUGGUUAUGGAAAAGGAAAAAUGUAUACAGUUAAUUUUCCAUUAAAAGAUGGAAUAACUGAUGAAAAUUAUAAAAGUAUUUUUGAACCUGUAAUGGAUAAAGUAAUGGAAAGAUUUAAUCCUUCUGUUGUUGUUCUUCAGUGUGGGGCUGAUUCUCUUCAAGGUGACAAAUUAGGUACAUUUAAUUUAACAUUACAUGGACAUGGAAAUUGUGUAAAAUAUUUUAGAAACAAAAAUGUUCCACUUAUGUUACUUGGUGGUGGUGGUUAUACACCAAAAAAUGUUGCUAGAUGUUGGGCAAAUGAAACAGCUAUUGCUAUUGGUGAGGUACUUCCUAAUGAAAUUCCAUACAAUGAUUAUAUUCAAUAUUUUCAUCCAUCAUUUAAUCUUCAUAUUGAAAAAUCAGGUAUUAAAGAUGAAAAUGAUAGAGAUUAUUUGGAGGGAAUAAAAGUAAAAAUCUUUGAAAAUCUUAUGCAUGUUUCACCUGUACCUAGUAUUCAAAUACACGAAAGACCUGAAGAUACAUUUAAUUAUUCUGAAAUUGAGGCUAUGGAAUUAGAUAAUGCUGAUCCUGAUACUAGAAUUCCUCAUGUAAUAUCUGAUAAAAUAAUUGAAGAUGUUGGUGAAUUUUAUGAUACUGAAGAUAAAGAUGUAGGAGCAAAGAAUGAACAAAAUUUUCUUGUAUAUAAGUAA